CCCCGCCCUCGUCCUCCCUCCCUCUUUGCCUUUGCCUUCUAGGUACACUGAUGCAGCGCGCGGCGGACGUCGCGUCCUUCACAUUGAUCACAUCUCGGCGCAGCGGCGCAGUUAUCCUCGCGAUUUGGCAUCGUCUCCCGGUCGUCGGUAGGGUGUGGAGAGGUUGCCGCAUUUGAGCCCGCUUUUAAGGCGACUUUUUCUAAAUUUAUUGCGUACUUUUGGUUUCCGAUUUCGAAGCACGGCGUGAAAAUGCUUAACACCGUGCGGGGAUUUCUGUUUUUCUUCUCGUCGAGCUUGGAUUUGAAUGGGGAAGAAGGGGCGUGUCUUCUUCCCGUGGGCGUUGGGGGAUUAGUGUAGUGAUCGAGCGUGGCCGGGGAAUGGUGACGUGCCGGGCGGGCAGUGGUAGGUGGCAGGGGUGGCGGAGCGAGGUGCGUCGGGCGGGAGGUGAGCGAGGGGUUGAUGUGAUGUGGUGUGUGCGCACAGGGUACGUUGUGUAGGAGAGAGGUGGAUCGGUUCAGUGCGGAUGUCAUGCGAGGGAGGAGGAUGCAUGUGGACGUCUUCGGUGCGGUGUGAGAAUAACGGAAGAGGGCCAUGUAUAGGCAGGACUAGCAGUUGUAUCAGCCUUUGUGGUGGUUGUAAAGAGGAGGAGGAGGAGGAGGAGGACGAGGACGAAGAGGACAGAGAUGGUUGGAGCGGGGUGAGCCUGGUUAUGGCAGGCUUUUAAAAUGUUUCCAGGCACUAAACAUGGAAGUUUCACUUGGAACCGCAGUCCUUGGAUCUUUUUAGAGUUGUAGGUAGGCUGUGGGUAACGCCUGGGCCAGUUGCUUUGACCUAGUUGGGGCAGUCGUUUUAUGGAGGCGAAAGCCGUCACCAGCGGAAUGACUGCGAUGUCACGGCGAUCUCGUGAGCAUCGCUCGUCUAAGACUGUCGGGACGAUCCAAGAGAUAUCUGCCUCGCAAUCAGAUAUCGCGUCAAGUUCCAAGAAUUUCAAGGGUGUUGUUAACAAAUAUGCCGCGCCGUCUUCUGUUAAACCACCUGCUGAAGUUGGUGUUGCAAGCGAGGUGCUGAAGUCUUUGGCAUCUGUUGAAACGUGUCAGGGUUUCAAUAGUUUGGUUCAACAACCGCAUGCCGUAACCUCCAAUGAUGCGUCUACUCUUCUCGGAUCCGGCUGCUCAUCAGGUGCAGCAUGGCUUUCCAAGGGAAGGCCAUUGCGGGGUAGACCGCGGGGAAGGCAUUUUACUCCCGCCAAGAAGAUAGCUAGGCGGGCUAAGCGUCUGCAAGAAGUCCCCCUGUCCGAGGGCGACGGUGCACGGAUUCUGGGCCGUAGAAUAAAACUUUUCUGGCGUGACGAGAAAAGGUGGUUUUAUGGAGUAGUGAAGGCUUUCAAUAGAGGAAGAAGAUCUCACAAGAUUGUGUAUGACGACAAAGAAGAGGAGUGGGUAAAAUUGCACGAAGAGAUUUUUAAGCUUCAGGUGUUGGAAGGGGAGGUGUUCGGUACACAGCAGCAAGAUGUUGCUAGGCAGUCUGCGGAGGUUACUUGCAUCGACCCGAUGAUCGUUGGAAAAGGAGAGAACAUCAAUCAGCAGGGGUGUUUAGAUAAGGACAUUGUUGGCUCAACUAACGGAGGGAUACAGACUUCCAUAUUGAAGAAUAACAGUCGCGUUCUGUCCAAUCUUUUGCGAGCAAGUGAGAGCUGCUUGGAAUUACCAGGAGUUUGCUUAGAUCUGGAAUACCGUGACCAACGUUCAAGCAUUAGAGAGGAUGGUUUCAACGCGAGAGCAGUUGAGGAAUCUGAAGAUGCUGUCCCGAUGAUUUGUGAGAGCCUAGACCUUGAAGACCCUUAUGCUAUUGACCACACGAGUAUUUCAGACUCUCUGGUGAUGUUCAUGAGGUCCAAGCAGAGCUUCGCAGAGUUGAGUAAGACUUCGGCAGCGAGUGGUGUGAUAUCUCCUUCGCAAUCUGCGGCUGUGGCUGCACGAUCAACAGAGGUACUUUCUGGUGUGGAGUCGCUCGUAGGUAAUUUAGAAGUUUCACCUUCUUCUCCCGAUGCAAGUGGGAUCUUUGCUGAUCAUUUAACAUUGGAGGGAUGCGCAUCCGGUGAAAGAUCUGCGCCUGAAGGGCCUCCCUUUGAGGACAAGAAAGGAUCUAUCAAUUUUAAGUCAAUUGAAAGCGCGAAGGGUGGAGAUGUAGACUCAACUGUCGAAUCUGAGAAACGUAACGUUCUGGACACUACUGAAACUAAUAACGGUUGCGGGUUGCACACAAUUGGCAAUGGAAAGGGCGAAUGUGCAUCUUGCGAGAACACUGAGUCAGGUCAGGUAGAUUUGGCUUCUGUGGACGUGAUUGUGUGCGUCAGUGGCAAGGAAGAAUGUGCGAGUCUCGAGAGAAGAGAGAACCUCGCACAAAAUGCAUCCAAUGAUAUUACGGAGCUCGGGAACCGUGUGGUUCAGUGCUUUGUUUGUAAAGAUGCUGAUCCAUACUUGGCGACUGUUGAUUCCAUGAAAUGUCUGUCAUCGAAGUUCAAAUCAGUAACCAGGUCUCUUGCUGGAAGUAAAAUUUGUAAAGUCCAGCAGCCUUACGCCACGCGAGUGAUAAGAACUACAUGGUUUAUUUCGCGGCAUAUUGCGACAAAUUUAGUGCAUUUAGAAUGCAUAGUAUUUUGGCGCCACCUUUCUUCGUGGAGGCCUGAUGUAGGUAACAUAUGGAGAUGUGUUCCUUACCUGAUGCUUUUUGUGGACGUGGUAUUGGAGUCUGAUAGUUUUAUAGAAAUUCUACCCACUGCACAUGUGACAUACCGUUCCGGAGAUAUCAGUGCAAAGCGUCUUUCGUGGGAAAGAGAUUCGCUCUCCGGAUUUGACUCGAAGAAGUGUGCGGACCUCGGCCUUUCAUGCCCCUCUCCUAAUUUAGCAACUGCGAAGUUUGUACUGCAUGGAGCUCGCACGUCCUUGGAUGUUUCGAACUGGGAGCUGCUGUUGCAACAAGUCAGCCACUUAGAAGUUUCGAGAAAAUAUGUUGAAGCGAACCCACCAUCUUCUGAGUCGCCAUGUUCAAAAGUUGCACCACCUUUUCCAGAACCGUACGAAUCUGUUAUAGUUGAGAAGAAUUGCGUGUCGAUGGUGGUUGAACCACUUUGUGAACCAAUGCUAGUUGAGCAGCCAGUCUCGGUUGCUGUUCUCCCAGUUCUUGAGGAUUUAGAUCGUGGAGGUGAAAGGAGUCAUCAAGUGGUGUCUGUAGAAACAAAUAAUGGCAGCUAUCCCCGCAAUGAUGAAGUGGAUGAUUCUGAAUUUCGUCCAGCAGAACCUCGCACACAUUGUGCUGAGAUUGACGUCGUCCGGGACACAAGCGUGGAGGAUGAAGCUGGAAGUGGAGAACUUACUGAAGUACAAAUCGGUAGUGCUGUGGAAGGGGAAGAGGACAGUACUAUUGCCUGUUGGAGGAGUUGGGCGUCUGUAAAACGAGGAUACCCCCAAAUCACACCUGAUGAGUUGGGAAGCUAUGACACAGGGGCCGUUUGCAGGCUUCAAGGGUUACUCGACAGCGAACUUUGCUCUAUGUCUCUUACCAAACGGCAGAAGAUUCACGUGGAGAGUUUGAGCACCAUAGACUUGCAAACUGAGAAUGAGGAUGGAGGGAAGGAUUCAUCAGUACUGGAGUGUGAGGUCAAUGGUGACAGGAAAACCAGGAGUGUGGAUAUGAGGGAUUGUGAUUCGGCACUUCCUCGUGUGAACGUUUUUAAGCUCCGCAAAUGUUCCACUGGCAAAGGUGGCUGGCGUGUAGCUGGAAAUUCAUGUGUGUCAGAUCGUACUGUCAGGCAGUCUGGUGAUGGUGGUGAAUCUUUGAUACUUUCCUCCAUUGCCGACAGGAAGAGGUCCUUUAAUCAAUGCUUUGAGUUCAACCAGUCAGAGAAGUCGGAGGAGAAUGGCCACCCUGGGUGGUUUACGGAAGGUUCCCAUGUCGAUAGGCAGGAGAUGUCUAAUGUGGGAGGGGCCGAUGAAGUUAAGUUGUCGGUGAAAGGAAUGUGGUCGAACUGUGAAGUGUCUUCGGUAAAUGAAGCGACGUUCAAUCCUAGGAAGCGUUUCAAGAACGGCUCUAUAAGUUCCGGUUCUAGCGAUGAUUCAGAUUUACCUCGUUCUAGAACAGAAGAGAGAUUUCCGAACAGGAACCGGAGCGAUUGCAUUUAUCCAGAUUCUGUUUGUCGAGGAUGCAUUGCAAAUGUUCUUGUAGUACAACAUGAUAGGGGUUGGCGAGAAUAUGGCGCUAGUGUUGAGCUCCAAUCUUGCCAUGGCCAAGGUUGGAUGUUGAUAAUUUCCGUUCGUGGCGAAAAUAUGUAUGCGUAUAAGGCGGAGCAGGCGAUAGUAACGGGAACUGCAAAUCGACAUAGUCAUGCCAUAGUGUGGAAAGGUGAGAAGGGUUGGAACUUGGAGUUUGAGGACAAGAAGCAUUGGCAGUCAUUCAAAGAUUUGCAUGAAGAGUGCUACAGGCGGAAUGCUAAAGCAUCCUCCGGCCGCCAGAUCCCGAUUCCAGGUGUGAGGCAUAUCGAGGACGUUACACCUAGGGGCCCAGGAUGUCCCUUCACGCGGCCAUAUUCUAGGUAUAUAUGUGGAGCAGGAGAUGAGGUGGAGAUGGCGUUAGGGAACAGUAGAGUGGUGUACGAUAUGGACUCUGAAGAUGAGCAAUGGCUCGAGCAAAUCAACACCGAACGAGAAAAUGCACGAGGAACACUUGCACGUCCGCUAAUUGCGGAGGACACCUUGGAGAGGCUUCUGGACAAGCUAGAGAAGGAGGCAUAUCUGCAUCAGCAAGAACACAAGGGAAUGAACCUAGACUACAGUGAUGUUGCAGCAGAGUCAUGCAGUGGACUAGCUACACAUGAGGUGAUCAAGGUCAUAUAUAGUUACUGGCUGGAUAAGCGAUCACGAAAAGGCAUGCCUUUAGUUCGCCACUUUCAGCCUCCAGCGUGGGUUCAACAUCAGAAACUUCUGCAACUAUGGGAGCAGGAGAUAGCGAGACUGCAGCUGCAACGCCCUUCCGCGACCAUGCAGCAGUUGGCAGAGGAAAUGAAGAAACCUCCCUUAUUUGCCUUUUGCUUGCGACCACGGGGACUCGAAGCACAGCAUAAGCUAUCUAAGCAGAAAUCACACAGAAAGUAUACUUCGCUUGGAACUGCACCUCGGCAAUCGGUUGGGUUUGGCAGUUUGGAUAGUUCAUUGGAUAGCCCUUGCGGGCGGCAGUAUUACACGGAGCCAGCACAUAGGCUGCUUCCUGCCCCAAGAAGACCUGGCCGUCCACGCCUGACAGAAGAAGUGGCAGCAAACUUAACAGGACCCUUCAAUGCCGUAAUGAGAGAACUUGGUGUCCCUUCAGAAGCAAUGCCAUCAAUGCAGUUUCGAGAUGAAGCCUUCGAUGCAUAUGCGCAUAGGAGGGUGGGAAAGCACAAAAAGGUUGGACGCAAAGCUCGUCGACAGCGGUUAAUUGCUGCUGCUCAAGAAUCUCGACGCAAACGCUUGCUUAUGCGUAAUGUGGGUUCAGGAGGGUUGCACCAACAAUCAGACUUAGCACUAGCAGCAGCAAGGGCGCGUAGCAUUGCGGAAGCGGCUCGAGCACGUGCCCAAGCACUCUAUGGAGUAGCAGAUGCAGCCAUGCACAAGGCUGUUGCAGCAGUCAUAGCAGCAGACGCUCUGCAUGCAGUACAACAUCAAGAGGAAGAUGAUAAACCACUAGCACAGGCUGGCAACUUGGCAGUUAUUGCGACCUUUGGAUCGUGGCAUUCAGGAGAUUCAGGCAGUGCCCCGAGAGACUUGGAAUCGAAGAGAUCUGCCAGUCAACAAGGACCAGAUAGUGACGGGGAAGAUGCCCUUCUGCCUGUUGCAAGCUGGAGCCAGGAGCUGGGUGCAGGUCUUGGGACAAGACUAUUGAACAAUGAUGCCCGGAUGGAGGGUAUUAUCAGCACGCGGAGUGUGCACGUAGGAAGUCCUCCACUAAACGUGGGGUUUGGGAGGACUAGGGAGAGCAUGGUUGCCAUGAUGACUAGAUGAUGCGACUGGUUAGGUGACAAUUUUUUUCAGACUGAUUAGGCAGCAGCGAAAAUGUGAGUUUAGGAAGAAGAAUCAUGAUAGGAUGACAAAUACGGCCCUUUCGUUGUUUGCAGCUGAAGCUGUAUUGUAACAUGUUGUACAGGGCUCAAGGUUUUUAUUGCCACUCUGGGCUUCAGUUGUGCUUCAGGCAGGAAAUUCUCUUAGAAUUCUCCUAUGAAUGCGUGCAUGUGUGGUGAGUAAUUCAUCAUUGAUGCUUUGGUGUAUUUAGGCAGAUCCAUACCAUAGUGUUGAUUCAUGUUUAUUUUCUGCUCUUUGGUGAGUUGAGGUUGCGAGGAAUGGAACUUUUAUAGGGAGUUAUCCUAUCGCCCACUUACAGGAAUGGCGAUGGUAUUCUAUGAGUUGGGGCUCCAACUCACAAGCUUGGUGUUACCAAAUAGCUGGUGAGUGGUCUCUGGUUGAAACUCCAAAUAUUAAUUGGAUUAGUUGGAGCUCAUCAGCAUAGGUUAAGUCAUGGGUAGUUACUAGAGUUUUGUGACCGGCGGUUCCCGAAGUUCAACGUCGUCUUCCUCUUAGCUUCCGCCGCCGCAUGUCCUUGUCACCCCUCUUGCUGGUGAGUGGCCACUUUUUUGAACUUCCUUCAUCUACUAUUACUUUUGGAGGUGCA